UCUACAAAAAUUUGUUGUAUCUAGAUACUACAUACUAGACCUAGAUCUAGAUCUAGUAGUUGCAGAGAAAUGCUUUUUAUUUCUCUCCAACAACUAGUGUCACUGCAAUUUUAGGAGCUCCAGAGAAACAAGUUGAGAUUUGUAUCAUGAGAUUUGUAUCAUGAGAUUUGUAUCAUGAGAUUUGUAUCAAAGAAUGCAUCUGUUUACAUUGUAUUAUCUUCUUAAAGUGAUUUUAAUUAAGAAGAGUUUGCUUUCAGAUUUGGCAGCCGCGGAAUCGGACGAUGAUUCCAAUGACUACGAUAAUUUCUACAAGAAGUUUGACUUUCCAAGCAAUAUAUGUGAGCACGUGAAGACACCAGUGAGAGAUCAGCUCCUUGUCCAGGUCUUUAAGAAAAGUGGCUCCCUCAACAUCAUCUGUGACACUAGGAAUGACGGAGGGAGAUGGCUCUUGUUUCAAAGUCUUUCUUUCAAAGCGCGCUCUUUCAAUGCAAACUGGGAAGCUUUCAAGGGCGGCUUUGGAAAUGAUUACACUGACUUCUGGCUUGGGAAUGAGUUUCUCCAUCGUCUGACCACAUUCGAUAAUUAUGAAUUUCGAUACGACAUGAAAAUGAAUGGGCAGAGCUAUUACGCACAGUACGACCACUUUAAGGUGUUUGAUGAAAAUCACUCUUACCAGCUGGAAAUCGGUCAAUACAUAGGGGGCAAUACCACGACUGACUUAAAGAAACACAAUGGCGCGGCGUUCAGCACCCGGGAUAGGGAUAAUGAUAAGUCAGAAGGGUCUUGCGCUGAAACGUACCAAGCUGGUUGGUGGUACACUGAUUGCGGUCCACUGAUCCUGAAUUCGCCGCAGGCAGAAGAUAAUGAAACUAGGUCUAUCGUGUUCCUGAAAAUGCGCCUUCAUUUAGAUGGUUAAAUGUUUUAAAUGAUCCUGGAUAAUUACUAACAAGUGUAUUUAUAUUAACUCCAAAAAAAAAAAAUGUGUUCGUUUGUUUUAUUA